AUUGGGAGGCAUGAAGUUCUCGGAGGACGAAAUCUUAGGAGUAGGCGCCCCUGUCGAUGCUGCGUCUGUCUGAAACUUUAGUUUGACUUCAGUUCCGUCGAUCUGUGUUCUUGGACUCAUUGGAGCUGCAGCUUUGAAGGCGCAGAAGGACCGUGUCAAAGUUCAGAAGAAGCUGGCUUUGUCUGAUCAGCAAAGUGACAGGAUGUAUGUCUGACAGAAUCUGCAGUAGUGCAAAGAGCUGCAACAUCAAACUGAUCAAUAAACACAUCAUUGUCCACUCAGCAUGGCAUCCUCCCCUGGGUUGAGUGUUGACCCACUGCCCGUGCAUCAGCUCCAGGAGGUGGACUCCAGCAAAGCUUUAGAGAGGUCCACCUCACCCGGACUUCUCCCCACUAUGUACAGCCCUCCAAUGGGCAUAGAAAGCCACACCGUCUGCAUCCCUUCUCCAUACACGGACAGUAGUCAUGACUACCAUGGACACGGACCCUUGACAUUCUACAGUCCUUCGGUACUGAGCUAUACCAGGGCACCUAUCACUGACAGUCCAUCAUCUAUGUGCCCCCCCCUGAGCCCCUCUGCCUUUUGGCCCUCCCACAACCACCACAACCUACCUUCUCUGACUCUGCACUGCACCCAACCUCUUGUUUACAGUGAACCCAACCCACAUGCGCCCUGGCUUGAGUCCAAACCCCAUGGCAUGAACCCCAACAGCUCUAACAUCAGCUGUAACAAGCUGCUGGGGAAGAAAUCAGAAGGAGCAGAAGGAGUAAAGUCCUCUCCAUGUCCAUCUGCUGUAGGGAAAGCUGACAUGCACUUCUGUGCUGUCUGUCAUGAUUAUGCCUCCGGUUACCACUAUGGUGUUUGGUCAUGCGAGGGUUGCAAGGCUUUUUUCAAGAGGAGUAUCCAAGGACACAAUGACUACAUUUGCCCUGCUACUAAUCAAUGCACUAUUGACAAGAACCGACGUAAAAGCUGCCAGGCCUGCCGUUUACGUAAAUGCUACGAAGUGGGCAUGAUGAAGUGUGGUGUGAGGCGUGAACGCUGUAGCUAUCGAGGGGCUAGACAUCGCCGUGGAGGACUCCACUUUCGAGAUACAACAGGCAGGAGUUUGGUAAGGGUCGGGAUUGUUCCGCGGGCUCAAGGCCUCCCCCCGAUGGAACUACCCCUCUCCCCUCUCGCUCAGCCGAGCCACGGUAACCAGUCAUCCAUGAGCCCGGAGGAGUUGAUCUCCCGAAUCAUGGAGGCAGAGCCCCCUGAGAUCUACCUCAUGGAGGACUUGAAGAAGCCCUUUACCGAGGCCAGCAUGAUGAUGUCUCUUACUAACCUGGCAGACAAGGAACUGGUACUCAUGAUCAGCUGGGCCAAAAAGAUUCCUGGGUUUGUGGAGUUAAGUCUUGCAGACCAAAUUCACCUGCUAAAGUGCUGCUGGCUGGAGAUCCUGAUGCUGGGCCUCAUGUGGAGGUCUGUGGAUCAUCCUGGGAAACUCAUCUUCUCUCCAGAUUUCAAACUCAGCAGGGAGGAGGGACAGUGUGUGGAGGGCAUCAUGGAGAUCUUUGACAUGCUCCUUGCAGCCACCUCUCGUUUUCGGGAGCUAAAGCUGCAGAGGGAGGAGUACGUCUGCCUCAAGGCUAUGAUCCUCCUCAACUCUAAUCUAUGUACGAACUCCCCACAGACAGCAGAGGAGCUGGAGAGCAGGAACAAGCUGCUGCGCCUUCUGGACUCAGUCAUUGAUGCUCUGGUGUGGGCCAUUUCCAAACUAGGCCUGUCGACGCAGCAGCAGACUCUACGCCUAGGCCACCUUACCAUGCUUCUCUCCCACAUUCGUCACGUCAGCAACAAAGGAAUGGACCACUUGUCAACCAUGAAGAGGAAGAAUGUUGUGCUGGUGUACAACCUCCUCCUGGAAAUGAUGGAUGCCAACACGUCCAGCAGCAGCAGCAGUCAAACCGCUGCAUCCUCACCAAGCUCUGAUACCUACUGUGAUGGGCAGCAGUAUCACCCACCUCCUCCAUUUUACCUGCAGGCAGAUCUAGAUCAGACCUUCACUGCCAGUUCCAGUACUGAUAAUUCUAUGGCACCUCUAGAGGAACCAUCUGAAGACCAACCCAUGGUUAGGCACCUGCAGUCUCGAGGCCUCCUAUCCUCUCCUCUGUCUAUAAUAGGACAUCAAAUGAAAAGUGAAGGAACUGGAAGUGACUGUACAAACCUCUCCUGCGGCUACAUCGCUCCGGAGCAGUGGUCAUUGGAUGGAAGGGAUGCCAGUUCUUCAGCGGCACCACUAGGUUACAUAAUCCAUGAUUGAGUUGCCAUGAAAACCAUCUGGGAAGAUGAUUCAGUAUUUGAAAAAAGAAAACGAACUUAAAAGAUAUAAACACAAAAAUAGUUCUCUUUUCUUUUUUUAGAUGUUUUUAGUCCUUUUGACUGUACCAGAUUUUGUGUGUGUAAGUAUUUUUUGUGAAUGUGUGUUACAUCAGUCGUUCAUGAGAACAGUUUAAUGCACAGUACUUGUAUCUGUUUACUUCAUCUUGGUAUAGCAUUCAGAACAAGUCAUCUCCAACUAUCUCUUCUGAUUUAUAAAGGUGCAUGUAGAACACACAGCUAACAUCCAUUAUUUCCAUGAGGACUGUUACUCUGAGGAAAGCCCACUGUGUUUUUUGUCCCUCUGCAGUGAAAGUUUCCUCUUGCACUAAUAAUAUUGUGUACUUUGAUGUUUAAUUGGUGCCUGUUCAUUCUGUGUUUUUCUACUUUUGUGAAAGUUGUCAGUGGAGCAGCACUGUGUGGCCUUUUACCAAAGUGACUGUUAGAAAUUUCUCUGUGUGUUUGCUUCACCUAAGGCUGAAUUUAUACAUGUAUUCAUCUUCUAUACCGCUUAUUCCAUUGUGGGUCACAGGGGAGCUGGUGCCUAUCUCCAGCAGUCUAUGGGCAAGAGGCGGGCUACACCAUGGACAGGUUGCCAGUCCAUGGCAGGGCAACA